AUGGAAGAUAAUAUUCUGUUGAGUCAUGAACUUAUGCACCUUAUUAAUUCAAGGAAGGGUUCUAAUUUUACAGCAAUUAAGAUUGAUAUGUCAAAAGCUUAUGAUAAAGUGGACUGGCUCUUUCUUCUGAAAGUUUUGCAAGCGUUUGGGUUCUCAAAUCACUGGAUAUGGAUGAUAUCACAGUGUUGUCUCAACGAAGAUAUCAAGCUUAUUAAGGGUCUGAAAGUCUCGCGAAGAUCCCCAUCGAUCUCUCACCUUUUCUUCGCAGAUGAUGCUAUGCUUUUCUUCAAGGCAAAUAAAGAAUCAUGUUUGUGUAUAGCGGACAUUCUUUCUAGGUUUGGGAAAGCUUCUGGUCAACAAUUAAAUCUCCAGAAGUCUGUUAUAAAGUUUUCUCCGGGUGUUGCCUCUGUGGAAAAAUUAGCUAUAAAACAGGUUCUCUCUAUGCCAGAGACUGAGAAUAUGGGGAUUCAUCUGGGUGCCCCUAUUGAUAUUAGGGGGAAAAAGAGUUCCUCCUUCCAGUUCCUGAGUAUCGCAAACAAAAUUGACUCCCUAAUUGCUCGGUUCUGGUGGGCUGGUAAUGGGAAUAAGGGGUUGCACUGGGUGAGUAGAAGUCUCAUCCAACUUCCGAAGAGUAUGGGAGGGCUAGGAAUAAGGGGUAUUUCGAAUCUUAACGACGCUCUUCUAUUCAAGCAAGCAACGAGGAUGCACCUAAACCCUCAGCUUCUGCUAGUAAGAGUACAUAGAGGGUUUCAACAAUGUAGUAUAUGCCAUAUUGCUAGUCCUUAUAGAAGACAAGGGAAUCCUUCCGUGGGGAGGUCAAGUAUACAGAAAGUGGCUCAAUCCUUCAAGAAGGGUUUUGCGUGGAAAGUGGGAAAUGGAGAAAGCAUUAGGGCUCUCAGCAUGCCGUGGGUUAAAGGGGAAAUCCCUCUAGUUAAGGAUGGUAUUAUUCUAAGGGCAGCUUUGAAUUGGAAAGUAAGUGAUUUCAUUAACGGUGAUACUUUAACUUGGAAUGCAGGAAGGAUAAGGGAGUGUUUUGAGUGGAAUAGUGCAAAAGCGAUCCUGGCAAUGGAGCUCCCUCUUUCAACUGAAGAGGAUUUCCUCUACUGGAAAUAUCACCCCUCUGGCAAAUACACCGUUAAAACUGGGUAUUACUACCUAUCAAAGGAUGGAGGAAUGGAAAGCACUUCGUCUUUGAAUAGGGAUCUAGAGUUUGUAAAGCUGCUGUUUCAUGAUGGAAUAGCAGUGAAAGGUAAUCUAGCUAGACGAGGGAUACAAGUUGAAACUGAGUGUGACUACUGUGGGUUGGCUUUAGAAGAUAGCCUACAUCUGUUUAGAUUUUGUAAUCUAACAAAGGAAGUUUGGGAGAAUAGCUCCCUAACCAUUUGCCCUGACAUACUUGGGUCUUCUUCUUCUUUGAGGAGAUGGAUCCAACACUAUAUCCUGCUCUUUAAUAGCGAGGAUAGGAAGAAUAGUAAUCGUAGUGUUUUGUUCAUAGCUUCACUAUGGAGUAUAUGGAAAAUGAGAAAUGCAGUAUGCUUUAAUGGGUCCACAGGGACAAGUAGUCUGGUAGUGGAGUCCAUAAAGCUUGCAAUGGAGGAUCAUGAGAUCUUCGGGCAACAAGGAAGUUUAGCAGACGAGAGGGAGGUUGCCAGCAAGGAUAAUCCCAUUAUCCCCCCGGGUUUCAACUAUGUUCAGCUAGGAAAGGAAAAACUUGGUUUUGACAAUUUCAUAGUGGAAGCCGAUGGCUCCUGGGAUUAG